CCACCAAUUCCCACACAAUAAAAACCCACUUCCCCUUCUCCACACUUCAUUUUUUUUUUUCAGUUUCUUCUCCCACCGCUUCCUCUUCCUCUUCUUUUCUUUUCAGCAGUUUCUCAUCUGUCUGUUCAUUAACAUGGCUGAGAAAAAGGUGGUGUUGAAGCUCUUGACCAUGACUGAUGAGAGAACAAAACAGAAAGCCAUGGAAGCAGUUGCUGAUAUCUAUGGAGUGGAUUCAAUAGCAGCGGAUCUAAAAGAACAAAAGUUAACAGUCAUUGGAGAAAUGGACACAAUUGCAAUUGCAAAAAAGCUAAAGAAGAUCGGGAAGAUUGAUAUUAUAUCAGUUGGACCAGCUAAAGAACCAGAGAAGAAACCUGAAGAGAAGAAACCAGACCCACCAGCAGCGGCGGCAGCAGCUGCAGCACCAGCCAAAAAACCAGAAGAGAAAAAGUGAUGGAAAAAAAUACUAUAUGAGACCCAAUUCUCUCUUUGAUUGAUUUCUUUGUUAGAUAUUAUAAUUAGUUAUACAUCAACGGAGGUGAAAAUCAAAAUAUUUUGUGAUCAAAUAAGAAGACAUUAAUGAUACUAGUAUUUUUCUAUGUUCUUUA